AUGAUCCACAUUAGAGUUCUUCCAAAACUACGUGCUCUCUCAUUGGUUGGAUCUAUGCCAACUCAAAAAUGUAUCAAUCUGGCAACUACUUCAUCUCGACUUGUACAAGUCAAUAAGGUAGGCAGCUAG